AUGUUUGUGGGCGCCAAGGCCGUUACUUUCUCGGCUGAGUCAGCGAUAAUGGUCGAAGCUAAUGCGGCUCUUGAGGGUUGUCUCUUUGCAAUGGAGCUGGGUCUUGUGUGUGGACAGCAUCAAUGGCAACAUCCGAAGGGGACGAUGGUCUGGAAACGAAGCAGCAGAUCGUUUGGCAGCUGUCGCACUAUCGAGGUUGAGCCCAGAAGUCUAGACAUCCAGACCCCCCACCUCACUUGUGCAUGUUCUCAACAACGAUGGUCUCCCUUGCCAGCCAACAAGUACCCAAUGCUGUGUGCCGGUCUGGAUGGCUCCGACGAGCUUGAGGUUGUCUUGUUGUCUCUCACCUAG